AUGGCCCCUAUCGGUAUUUAAUUAGAAAAGAAUAUAAAUUGACCUAUCUAUCAUGAAGUUAAAGUAGAAAAAACGAACCUCAAUAAAAUUACAUCAGUUAUAGUAAUUAGUUUUUAUUAAUUUUUCUUUAUUUUUGAUAUUUUAGCGUGAAGCAUUUUUUACAAAUUGCAAUUUUUUUUCUCCGUACAUAUACCACAAACCGUAUCUUUUGCAACUGUCACAGGUAACUUGAGUUUUAUUUUCAUUGCAAAGGCCUAUCUUUUUCUUCUACCGAAACUCUCAACUGCAUCCACCAAUAACUCAUUCAAAUUUUCUGAUUCAGAUGAAACCUGUGCAAUUAGCAGCAAGUUCUUCUGCUAACUGGAACAAAUAAUUAUAACUUCCUGGAUAUAUUUUCACCAGUGGUUUCUUUAUAUAAUAACCACGAAUUGACCGCCCAGUCAAAUCUAGGACAUUGAAGAAGAUUUGCAGGGGCCAUCUUUAAGAUGACGAUUUUACAGUAUAUUUUCGAGUUUCAUUUGGUCUGUCAUGUCAACACCGUACUUUGGUGUUAUUAUAAUAUGCUAUUGAUUCGGGUAAUAUUU